CUGUUAGAAGUACUGUUUAGAAACUUUACCCCGUAUUCAUGUUGCUAGAUAUUGUUCGCGUUCGGAGUUAAUUUGUUUUCCAAUUUUGACUAAAAAUGUAUUACAAAGUGUUCGCUUGUUACUCCUUGUUUGGAUUUUCGUUAGUUUUUGUGUAUUGUUCAACGAUUCCUCCACCAACCACAGAAUCAACAAAAAUGAUAGCUACUACAGAUAUUCACACACAAAGCACCUCAGAGAAAUCACGUUACGAACAAGGGUUGGAGGAUUACGACGAGGAAAAAGAAAAUUAUAGAAAAUCUAGAGGGAUGAAUAUGGAUGACGAUAUUGUGUAUCACGAUGAUCACCAUGUUGAACCAAAGAAAGAAAAGGAGGAGCAGAAAGCAGUUAAAGACGACCCUUGGGAAGGCUAUUACGACUUCUUAAUCAACGAGGGCUCAUUUAAAUUUUGGGCUGUUUUUCAGCUAGUUACUGCUGCCCUAUUAAUCUAUUCAGCAUUUGCUGCCGUGUACUAUGCCAAGUUUAAUGUCAUUACCACUGAUUAUGACUAUUAUGAUGAUUUUUAUGGCAGAUCGAGGUCGAUAAAUGAACCAUCUUCAUGGCAGAACUUGUGGUCUGGAGUAUCAUCUCAAACGUUCCAGAGGAUUAUGGAUGCCAUUUCUUCAAAGAAAUAUACGUAG